UGCACUUUAACCCCGUGUUACCACGGCAACGGCAACGCGUCACACACAGGACUCCACCACACACACACACACACACACACGCCGGUGAUUCGGUUUCCGGUUCGGGUCUUUCUCCUGCAAAGAAGGGCUUCAUGGCGGUAAAGAGGAUAUUUAAAGACUGAAAUGCCAAAUCCCGAGGACUGUCUUUCGGUGUCCGGUACUCUCGUUUUAACUGGAAAAAUCGGUGCAAGUGGAGUCAGCGGCGCGUGGAGUGGAACGUACUGAGAGCUGCUGCAGCCAGUCAAGUCUUCUUAGCGGAGUCAAAAUGGCGUCUGCGUGCCCACUCAGCGUUCGUCUAAUCCGUUUGUGAUUAUUAGCGUGACAGCUCCAAACAUCCACCCUUGACUCGUUUCUACCGUUUCGGUUUCAAGCACUGAGUGCUUUUUAAAAAAUAUUUUGUAGCGCCAUGUCGGACUCCGAGGAGGAGAGCCAGGACAAGCAGCUAAAAAUCGUAGUUGUGGGAGACGGAGCGAGUGGGAAGACAUCACUCGCCACCAGAUUUGCACAGGAGGCCUUUGGGAAGCAGUACAAACAAACCAUUGGUCUGGAUUUCUUUCUGAAGAGAAUUAGCCUUCCAGGCAAUUUGAACGUCACCCUGCAGGUGUGGGACAUAGGAGGCCAAACAUUAGGAGGGAAAAUGCUGGAUAAAUACGUAUAUGGAGCUCAUGGGGUUCUACUGGUAUACGAUAUCACCAACUACCAGAGCUUUGAGAAUCUAGAGGAUUGGUUUAGCAUGGUCAAGAAGGCCAACGAGGAAUCUGAUAUUCAGCCAGUUAUCUCCUUGGUAGGCAACAAAAUCGACCUGGAGCACAUGAGGACAGUGAAGUCUGAUAAACACCAGCGCUUCUGCCAAGAGAACAGCCUCAUCAGUCAGUUCGUAUCGGCCAAGACAGGGGACUCGGUGUACCUUUGUUUUCAGAGAUUGGCUGCUGAGAUUCUGGGUGUAAAACUAAACAAAGCAGAGCUAGAGCAGUCACAGAGGAUUGUGAAGGCUGAGCUGGUGGACUACCCACAGGAUGAAGGUCCAAUUAGUCAAGAGAACGCCCAGCAAAGCAAAAUAUGUUUGAUUCAGUAGCCGGAACGUGUGGUGAAGGCGGACAUUGUGAACUACAGUCAGGACACUGUAGCCAGGACAGUCAACCCCCCUCGCAGCUCCAUGUGUGUGGUGCAGUGAUCCCCUCCGAAACACACAAACACAGACACACACAUAAACACACACAAAGCUUGUUUACAGUGUUACUCUUUCCAGAUUUUUUUGAUGACUGGAUGAAAAGUGUUUCUCUUUGUGGGUGAGGAGAACAGACUGUGCGGUUUCGAGGCCUUGGCCUGUAGUUCAGAUAUUUAGCACGAAUAAUUUCAUUGGUGGUUCACCAAAAAGGAUAUGGGACCUCACUUUUCUUUUCUUUUUUUUUUUCAAGUUUACACGCAGCUAUUCUUUCAUUUCAUCUUAGAUUUAUAUUUAAAAAUUACUCUUACAUCGAUUACUAGCUCUAUGUUAGUACAAAGCUGGUUUUUCAGUCUGCUAGUUGAGAAUAUUUUUAUACAUGAGCAUAUUUUCUUCUACCAUUGCUGUUAGAGACGUUUGUUUAAACAGUAACCCCUGUUUAAUCUGUGGCUGUAACUACGACUGCAGGGUGGAUUCAAGGCAAAUGUUCACGGGACAUAAACGGGGAAGAUGAAAGCAAAUAUGAUUUUCUGAUUUUUUUUUUUUUUUAUGCCUGUGGUGCUCAUCAGUUGAACAGAGGGGAAGUAGGUGUAAAAAAUGUUUUAGCGAGUGGAGUGAAAUGAAUCUCUGCUUUCUUUUUGCCAAGUAAGGGCCUCCACUAGCAGUAAUGUGAUGUGAACUACCGUAUGUUUUGUUAUUUUUGCAUAGACAUAUUUAAAUUUUCAGUCUUAAAUUAGGAUUUACAUUUUCCACUCUUUAUUCUUCAGGAAACAAACGAACAUACAAAUGAUUUCCAUCUGUUUAAAUAGCGUCUCUUCUCCAGGUGUUCCUUGUAGAUUAUAUUAUCCAUUAUGAAAAUAUAGUUUUAUAUUUAUGAUUACAGUUCAUGUAAUUUUGUUAGAUGCUCCUUUGGUAAAGUGUUAAUGACAUUAGAUGAAUAUGACUGAAGACGUUCUGAGUAUCAAGUUGAGCGUCAGCUAAGUUAAAAUAUACAUUUUUAUUAGAUUUCUCUACAAAGCCUUUUUCGACUUUCUAGAACAGAGGUUUGCAUUGGAGAAUGAGUUUGAUGCACAACAACCUGUUCUUUAGUUUCUGUGUCUGAGAUACUACCAGAUUUGUUUAGGUGGUCACAACUAAACAGCCAUCAUAUGUGUAAAAUGUGUAUUUGUAUAUGAAAAGCUAUCCCCGCUCCAUUUCAAAGCAGCUUUCAAUGAUUAGAAAUCAUCACAAGGCAUCAUUGUAAAUUCUGAUCAUGCUAAGAUGUACUCUUUAGAAAUGGAAAAAAUGUACAGUUAAAAGUGAAUGUUUAGAUAUACAGUGACACAUAUUUGUGUUUUUAAAU